AAAGAGGGGCAGAGGUUUUUUUGGGGAGCGAAAAAGGAUGGCCCCACCACGUAGCCCCUCCAUAAACCACUGCAAACAGAGCCCAGUGGUUGGCUACAGGGGAUGAUGCGCGCUAAAAAUUGGUGUGCGAGGGGAGCUUGCGAUAACCCUCCGUUACCGUUCUUUAUCUAGCCCGCCUUCUGCUGCUGUCUAUUUCUUUCCACCUCUUGCUUCUCUUCCUUCUCUUCUUUCUUUCUUUCUUCAUCACCUGGAAUCUUUUCUUCCGUCUAAAAGUUUUCUUAUUAUCACGAUUCUUCAAAAUGGCCAUCACCAAGGUUCACGCCCGCUCUGUCUACGACUCCCGUGGUAACCCCACUGUCGAAGUUGACCUCGUCACGGAGACUGGCCUCCACCGCGCCAUUGUCCCCUCCGGUGCCUCUACCGGUCAGCACGAGGCUGUUGAGCUCCGUGAUGGUGACAAGUCCAAGUGGGCUGGUAAGGGUGUCACCAAGGCUGUUGAGAACGUCAACACCAUUAUCGGCCCUGCCCUCAUCAAGGAGAACCUUGAUGUCAAGGACCAGGCCAAGGUCGAUGCCUUCCUCAACGAGCUCGACGGUACCCCCAACAAGGGUAAGCUCGGUGCCAACGCCAUCCUCGGUGUUUCCCUGGCUAUUGCUAAGGCUGGUGCCGCUGAGAAGGGUGUCCCCCUGUACGCUCACAUCUCCGAUCUCGCCGGAACCAAGAAGCCCUAUGUCCUCCCCGUUCCUUUCAUGAACGUCCUUAACGGCGGUUCCCACGCCGGUGGUCGUCUCGCUUUCCAGGAGUUCAUGAUCGUUCCUACCGAUGCCCCCACCUUCUCCGAGGCUAUGCGCGAGGGUGCUGAGGUUUACCAGAAGCUCAAGUCUCUUGCCAAGCAGCGCUACGGCCAGUCCGCGGGCAACGUCGGUGACGAGGGCGGUGUCGCUCCCGAUAUCCAGACUGCUGCUGAGGCCCUUGACCUCAUCACUGAUGCCAUUGAGCAGGCCGGUUACACUGGCAGAAUCAAGAUUGCCAUGGACGUUGCCUCCAGCGAAUUUUACAAGGUUGAGGAGAAGAAGUACGAUCUUGACUUCAAGAACCCCGACUCUGAUCCCACUAAGUGGCUCACCUACGAGGAGCUUGCUGCUCAGUACAGCGAGCUCUGCAAGAAGUACCCCAUUGUCUCCAUUGAGGACCCCUUCGCUGAGGAUGACUGGGAGGCUUGGAGCUACUUCUACAAGACCCAGGACUGCCAGAUUGUUGGUGAUGACUUGACCGUUACCAACCCUAUCCGCAUCAAGAAGGCUAUUGAGCUCAAGGCUUGCAACGCCCUUCUCCUCAAGGUCAACCAGAUCGGUACCCUCACCGAGUCUAUCCAGGCUGCUAAGGACUCCUACGCUGAUGGCUGGGGUGUCAUGGUCUCUCACCGCUCUGGUGAGACUGAGGAUGUCACCAUUGCUGACAUUGUUGUUGGUAUCCGUGCCGGUGAGAUCAAGACUGGUGCUCCUGCCCGUUCUGAGCGUCUUGCCAAGCUCAACCAGAUCCUCCGCAUUGAGGAGGAGCUCGGUGACCAGGCCAUCUACGCCGGUGCCAACUUCCGCACUGCUGUCAACCUGUAAAUUCGUGACAGCGAAUCAAAGGCAAACGCUGCUCAGCUAAUUUGGGAUUGUCCGCGCCGCGGAUAUAAAAUAGGCGCAUGAUGAAAUGAAGUACAGAUGGUUUACGCGAGGCUAGCAGAUUUGAUGAAUAUAAUAAUAAUAAACUCCCAAAAAAAAAAGUCAAUGUUUCACGUAGGAAGACGUUCUUUCUUGCACAGUAAGGCUGAAUAAACGC